AGAGAAAAAAAAAAGAACAAAAAAACGAAAGCAGAAAGCAGGAAGUAGACACCAAUUUUCAUUAUUUAAACACCUUUUUACUUCAAUAAUUCAAAUAUUCAAGAUACCACGAUGAUAAAACCCAAAUUACUACCCAUUACAAUUUGGAUUUUACUCUGUAAUACAAUAAUUUCUGCUUCUCAAACAUGGACUUAUGUAGACAAGCUUGGUCAUGUUGAAUACUGUUGUAUUUGCCACAAAGAUUUUGAGAGGACUGACGUAAUACAUGAAUGUUACUUAAAAAAUAAAAAUGAUGCUCGUCUACCAUUUUGCAAUUGCUAUAAAGGCAUAUUUCCAGCGUGUCCAAAAAAUACAACUAUUUGCAACAGAGAAGUAACAUGCCCUGAAAGACGUUUGUAUAAAGAAUGUAAAGUGUCUCAUCUGAAGAAUAACAAAUUGGUAUGCAAUGACAGUCUAGAAUGGGAACCAAAAUUUACAUGUCCAGAGUGUAACAAAAUUACUAUCUACUGCAACAGAAAAAUAUACUGUAGUGAAACAAUCAUUGGCAGUGAGUGUAUGUUACCAUUUAACACUUCUCAGAAAUUAAUAUGUGGUGAUGAUCAACAAUGGAAAACUGACUUUAAAUGUCCAGGUAAUAAUUUUAUUGUGUAG